AGUAUGGCCCCUGCACUUCGACACUCCCCGACAAGAGGUGUGGCUCUGUCGCUUUUGUUCUGUUUCCUCUCUAUCACACUUCGAGUUACCUCAGAGUGUGACCGUACGUUUCUAAGUCGUCCAGGAGGACCCCAGAACGGCACAUUCAGUGCUCCCACACUGGUCAACCCGUCAGGCCACUCUCGGCAGUGUGUGUACACCUUUCUUGCUGGGCCACACCAGCGUGUCGAGAUCGUCUUCACCUCCUUCAACCUGCGGGGCACACCACCUGAUGGCUGGGCUAUCGGGAAUUUGCCCGCGUGUAUCCACGAAUACUUGGACGUGUAUUCGGAAGUGCAGCAGCCUGAGGCGGCUGAACUGAUCAACUCACCCUUCGGUGGCCGCUAUUGUGGGCCCAUACCCCCUCGCCGCCGCAUCUCCCUGUACCGCGCCAUCACCCUCGCCUUCUACACCGACAAGAACUACACGCACCCAGGGCUGUUCUCGGGCCGGUACACCUUCCUCAACGAUUCGGAAUAUCAGAUCGGAACACCAGCUCCCAACACUCCGUGCUCAUUCACAGUCUUGGGGAAGACGAAGCGGACAGGAACCAUCGUCUCUCCCACAUAUCCUGGAGCUUAUCCUAAAGAUCUCUCCUGUAGUUAUUUGUUUAUUGGUGAACCAGGCCAGAGAGUUCGCCUUGAGUUUAGGGAUUUCGACUUGUUCUUCGGAGGCCCACACUGUCCAUUUGAUGUAGUGAAAGUAUUUGAUGGGCAAACCAAUGACACCGCAGUGAUUGGAACUUACUGUGGUCAACAACGUAACUUGGUGCUUUACUCUUCAGAGUCGACACUCUUCGUGACCUUUGAUACACUACAGCGCACUGCCAACACCCAAAACAGAGGCUUCAAAGGCAUUUUUGAAUUCAGUGAAAGUUUUGUAAAAUUAGAUUUUAUAGCAAAGAACGAUGGUGAACACAUUCGCGGCUCUGAAUGUGACCAGAAGAUUUUAAGUAAAAAGGAGUCAAGUGGCUUUGUUUUCAGUCCAAACUAUCCUUUUCCAUACAUGCCAAAAAUUGUUUGCCGGUAUUUUGUUUAUGGUAUGCAAGAUUCGCAACAUUUAGAAAGAGUUCGCUUAGAUUUCAUGAAAUUCAAUAUUCCUAAACCGAAGGAUAAAACUGACUGCAGUGACGGUUACCUCAAAAUCUAUCUGAAGGGCCAGGAGGCGACAGACUCGUACGACAAGUUCGAUCAUGAGCUGUGUGGAGAAGAGAGUCAGCCUCACCAGGUGGUCUCUGACGGACCCAGACUGGUCAUGGUGUUCAGCAGCGGGGAGCUGCAGGGUGGCGGCUUCAAGGCCAAAUACACUUUUGAAACUGAGUACAGGAUCCCUGGCACGGCGGCACCAGACGGCAGUUGCAGCUUCACGUACCGCAGCUCAAGUCGGAAGAAGGGCGAGUUCAACUCCCCCAGAUACCCCUCUAACUACCCCAGUCAGACCAAUUGUUCCUAUAUAUUCAUUGCUACACCUAAUGAACAAGUUACUCUGGUCUUUGACCACUUCAAGGUCAGAGCAGAUCAAGCCAACUCCACUGCUGGCUCUUAUGGCACAACGGUCUGCCAAGAGGACUGGCUGGAGAUGUAUAACAUGUAUCGGGACGGGACAGAGAAGCUGAUCGGUAGAUACUGCGGCAUGACGGCUCCUGGACCCCUGGACUCUACGAGGGGUGCCGUGGGAAUCAAGAUCCUCCUACACUCCGAUCAAGAGGGUGUGUUCAGUGGGUUCAAGGCUCGGUACUCGUUUGAGGUGGCCAAGUCCAUUUAUGGAGACUGUGGCAGCAACGUCAGCAGCAGUGACUACGGGAUUAUAAUGAGUCCAAACUUUCCUCUGAACUACGAGGGGCCGACAAGGGGGAUGGCGAGUAAAACGUGUAACUGGUAUGUCAAUGUCAGGCCCAACCACAAGAUUCUGCUCAAUUUCGAAUUUUUCGCUGUAGAAGGAGACCCGACUUCAAGGGGCUGUCCGGCAGCCGUCGUGAGACUGUGGAACACUGUGGGAGCCCCGGACAGUUCCGUGCCUAUUGAACUGUGUGGGGAGAAACCUCCUACAGACAAGUGGCAAUACAUGUCCGACUCCAACCACCUACGCAUUAGCUUUAUAUCGGCAGAUAAGUCAGUCGGGGCCAAUGGCUUCAAGGCAGUAUGGACAGAAAUCGCUGAUCCCAGCAGCUCCUGCAAUGAGUUCCGCUGCACUAAAAGCCAGUUCUGUAUAGCCGACAAGCUGCGCUGUAACAAAGUGAAUAACUGUGGCGCUGACGACUAUUCUGACGAGGAGAAUUGUGUGGUGGCCGAGCAGAUGGACUGGGUGCUGAACGGUGUCCUGGGAGGAGUCAGCUGUUCGGUGUUCGUGUUGCUGGUGUUAUGCCUGUGGUGCCGCCAACGCAGCCACCCUCGCCGCCUGCCCACUUCACCUGGCACCCAACGGCAGCAUGUCUGCGACGAACUGGGCCAGAGGUUCGCCAGUGUCGAUAGUGUCUGAUGCCUGCUCAAAUAGACAAAACUUCACACCCGCAUUUUCAUUAUUCAGAGACAGUUUUUAAACACCGAGACAUAUUUGACAGAUAAACACAACUCUGAGCUGUUCUAGUGGGUCGAUCGUGUGCUGUUUAUUUGUUAAGAUCUACAAUCUACGAGAUCUGUUACAUACUCUGAUAACAGCUUGUAUUGGUUAAGGAAUUAAAAAGUUGAAUUUCACUUAAAUCGUCAGAUAUACUUGAAGUGUAAAUGUAAUACAACCAAUUUCAUUAAAUUUACUUAAGAAUUACUUUUUAACCUAAAAAAUACUAUCUCUGGAUAGGAUUGUGAAAACCCCCUUUGUAUUACACUAGAAGCAAUUUAUUAUUCAUCUUAUUAAAUGUUAGUAUAAAUUUUCCAAUUGAUUUGGUAAAAUUUGAGACCAAAUCGAAGUAUAUGUUUUACUUGUCAAUACUUAUGUGACGCAAAAAAUAUAAGUAAAAUAAUUUACUUCCAAUGUGUAAGAGAAAUUAUUUAUUUUAUAACAUUUAUGAUACGAGGGAACUUUUUGGUAGAAAAUUUAGCUCUUAAAACUCUGAACCGUUAUUUCAAAAUGUGUGCCAAAUCAAAAUAUUUCUAUCCAAGGACCUUCUUUCUACAUGGUAAGCGGAUAUUACCACAAAAAAGGAAGUAGUCUAACUAGUGAAGGCCAAGCUGUUGUCAGUGAUCUAUUAAGUAUCUGUGUUUUAGUUGUGUACAGUACACUACAUUCCCAGAAGUGAUAUAUGUGUACAGUUAAUUUAAUUAAAUAAUUCAAUGAAAACUGCAGGUGUGAAGUUUUGACUUACCAUACCACUGUUGUGCUUUGAAAGUUUAACUUUGAAACAAACGUGUAUGACCUCAAUCGUUUUUUUAUUGUCGUUGUUCGCAAACUUUGUACAGAACCUAGAUAAUUCCUGAACUUUGUACUCUUUGUACUCUUUCGUGCAGCCAACGAAUUUUAGUAAAUGGACGCCCGUUUCAUGGAACCGUGUGUGGAUUCUGAGAGUUCUGUGUAAAAUGGGAACUGAUACUCGUGUAGUGAUAGUGAAAGUGAAGGUCUGACCGUAACGUUUGCUCCACGCUCGAAUUAGUGAAAUGGCACCAUACCAGUUUUAAAUACUUUUUUGUAAAAAAGAGUUUAUUUACGUUGUUUACAGAAAGUGUUUAGUUUAUUUCAGUUGUAAGUUGUUGAUAUGUUAAAAUUAGUGUUUAAGAAGUGUUUUGUUGUUUUAUACUGUGUUUUUGUACAUUCUGAAUAAGAACUCAUUAUAAAAUAGGUGCUUUAAUAAUGUUAUGUGAAACGAAUGUCAUUUUAGUUGGCAAUAUUUUAUCAUAAUUCAUUACUGAUAAAACUCAAAAAUUGUUUACUGAUAAAACACCAAAUACAUAUAUUAAUCUACAAAAUUAUUGUUUGUUCUAAUUUUAGCAGCAGGGAUUUGUUAAACGCUAAUUUAGUUUACAUUCCUACAUCUGCCUGAGUGCGAUUGCUCUUCGCUUUUUAUAUAUAUUCUGAAGUUUUGUUUUAAAAUUUGAAAAAGCUCUUCCAAUAGCCAAAUAAUACAUUAUUGAAGUUUCUUUGACGAUGAUGGUUUACACUCGACUCACCUUGUUUACUACUUAUGACAUUACAAGAUUAAUCUGCAUACCGUACUGUCUUAAUGUAGAUAGGUUUUGAACAAAUAAUAUAAAUACAAUAUUCUGAAAUAUAAAUAAAAUACUUUAUUUUAUAUAGAUCUAGUGUAUGAUAUGUAUUUAAUUUCUAUAUUGUAAACUACUUUAGCAUUAACAAACCUACAAUACACUAUUCUAAAAAUGAUUUCCUUUAAGUGCACUAUAAAAUUUUAAACUAAACGAAUAUGUAAGAAAUCAAAGCUUAGGAGUGAGUACAGGGAUUUCUUGUUAUAAUAUCUAACUCGAAGAGGGUAACUCUUGUGUUGUUAAAAGACUCCAAUCUCGCGGUCGAGUGGGAGGGAAAUAUCGACAAACAAAUACAAUCAUUUGUUGUUGGUUUAACAUUAGCUACUGUUGAAAUUAUUGAUAGAUAAUUUGGUAUAAAUUAUAAUUAAUUAUAGGUGAUUAUAAUUGUAAUAUAUUAUUACACGGACUCCAUUACCACAUAUAUGAUAUUAAUUGUGUAAUAAAAUAUAUUUAUAAAUUGAUUUAUAUGUUUUAGUGUAGAAUAAUUUUAAAGUGAGAUGUACAAGGAGCUGGGCUAUAAGGUGUGGAGGUAUUGAAUUAACUAACUAAAGUUACAUUUUCGGAAAUAAAUAAUUUUGUUAUUGUUCACUGUAGUAUGUUGUGCUUCUAUUAGAAAUUACGUAAAAAAUAAACCAUAUAAAACUUUUUUAUGAAAUUGUCACAGUGAGCCAUUUGGUAUAUUUUAUAAACAUUAUUAAUUAAUCUACUGUUCAUAUAUGGGUUGGAAUGUAUAUGGGUAGCUUAUCAACUAUAGUCCUACAGUUUUCAUAUUUGUUUUUACGAAAACAUUGUAAAUUAAACAAUUAAGUAAAUUUAAUUAUUUUCAUUGAGUGCCAAUAUGAUUUUAAAGAUUGUAGUUCAGACAAAUUCAAGAUUAAAACAGGUGUGGAAAUUACUAAUAUUUCAUACGGUAGGCAGGUUUCAACAUUCUAAGUGUAAAACUACAAUUUAAAAAUUCAAAACAAGCAUCAUCUAAUAACCUAUAUAAUUUUUAGGAUUGCUUUUUUAACACUAAAGUUCUCACAGCUUAUGUGAAAAUGACAACAAUGAGUUUGAAGUUUGAUAUUACACUGAAAUACAAAAUUAAGUUGAGCAUAUUUAACAAAAACUUCAAGACUAUCUACGAGUAUUAAACUUUCAUGAAUAUUGAAUACCCACAAUCUAAAUUUAGUGCACACAAAAACAUCUAGUUUUCAACUUUAUAAUAAUUAUUCUAUUAAAACAAAUGUUGAUGAGAUUUCAUGUUAUAAUUGUGAAGUAUAAUUUGGGGUUCUAUGUUACGCUUUCAAACACGCUCUCAAAACAUUGCAAGUAAAAUUAUUUGGUAUUUCAUUAUUUAGAAUGAACUAUUUCUGAAGUAUAGAGAAGUUGAUAAAGGCAUAAAGGAACUAUAAAGCUUAAUUCAAGACAAAAAAAUUCCCAUGAAAGAUCAAUGAUAGUAAUGACUAAAAACUUUAUAAAUUGUGUCAAAACAAUUAAAAAACACACUCUGGUAUUAAAAAACCAAUAAUGGCUUUAUUUUAAAUCUAAUUUAACUAUGAAUCAACUUCAAGUAUAGAUCCACCUAAUCACCUAUUUACGAAAUUAGCAAUCACUUCAUCUAAAAAUGUUUGGUGGCAAGGUAAUGAUGAUAAUGGUGGAAGUUUAUAUUUAUUCUUGAGAUAAAAACUGUAUUGAUUUGUUGCAAUAAGUAAAUACUUAUAAAAUGCAUAGAACUGAAAGUAAAUACAUUCUUCAAAUCAUUUUUUAUAUUCCUUUGGAAAUUUAGUAUAUGAAGGAUCUGUAAAUAAAGUAAUGACACUGAUUUCUUCCUAUCAAACUGGCAACACUGUAGCUCUGAAAAGUAGUUAUAUGUUUAGCCAAACAGCUGAUCAAAAUUGAGUAAUUUAAUUUGACUAUUAUUGUCAUGUGAGUUUUAAACACACUUCUAGCGAAACAAGUUUUAGAUGGGUUCAAAAAAUUAAUGAGAACCAUUACGAGUGAUGUUGUCCUACAAAUAUGUGUUAAACUUGGUGAAACACAUACUGUAACAUUUUAAAACUUAAGAAAGGUUAUGGUAAUCAUACCAUAACUUGUCAAGCGCUCAAGUUUUUAAAGGUAUAGGCUAAAGCAUUUUCAGAUGAAUAAGUUCAGGUUGAUCAUCGCUCUAGAAGAUCGUUCUCAUCAAAAAAAGAUUUGGUCUGAAAUGAUCAGUGAUUUUAUAAGAGAAGUUUUUACCUGCAAUGAAUCUUGGAUUUUUUAGUAUGACCCAGAAUAAAAAACGUCAAAGUAAUGAAAGGCACACUUCCAAAUUCACCUCGUCCGAAAAAGCAAAUGAAUGAGCAAAUCUAAAGUAAAAACCAUGCUGAUUUCUUUCAUUGAUUCCAAUGGCAAUGCACUUAAA